UUCAAACAUAGCACCAUCUGGCCCCGGUAUAGAAGGAUACUAUCGUUCAUUCAUUAUCAUUCAUUCUUCAAGUUUCCCAUGUCCGCCAUUCCAUCUCCUCCGGCAAAUGAGGUGCAACAACCUCUGCCAACUUCUCAAGUUUCUCUCCACUUUGACGUCAUGUGGCACAUUGUUUCGAUCGCCGCGACGCCCGACUUUAGUCUCCUCGCCGACGGCGGCAGCCCUUACGCAGAGCUUAUGAGUCUCUGUCACAUCAACUCUACGCUCCGUCCAGCCGCUCUGUGUUCCCUGGUCCACACUUUGGUCCUCCCGACCCACAGCGAGGUCAUCCUAUUUCAAGAAACGCUGCAAGCCCAACAGGCCUAUAACAAUACCCACCGGCCGGGUCCCAAGUCCCGUCUUUGGUUCGAGUACUCGGGGAAGAUUCAUAGGAUCUUCAUGGGGUAUCUUCCGCCUCCUGGGCCCGUAUUCGCUCGUUCCUUCCCGACUACUAUAGAGCAGGCUGCCCACGAUCGCGCUAUGUCGAAGGCAGCGACGUCUGUCUCCAGUGCACUGUUCGCUCCCAUCCUCCUUACUGCGUGCGACGUCGCGGUCGACGAGACAGCACUCUACUUGGUCAAGGCAGUUAACAGACCUUCCAGUGCCGAUGAGGAUGACGUAGAUCUCACUGAGCAGGUGCGUCGGACGCCACCCGUCUGGAGGAUGCGCACGUUUUCUGUGGUUGGCCCUCUGCACGACUUGGAUUGGGUUCGCUUUCGGGAAGACGUGGGACAGGGAUUUUUCGCUCCUACACUACGCACCCGCAGGUAUCAGGGUGCGUGCUGCCACGUUCACACGGCGGCUGUGGCAUUUGGCGCCCCCAACUUGAGUUGGGGCGGCGUGGGCGCACCAGGAGGGAUGGAGGUGACACAGUAUCUGAUCUUCCCCGCCAUGUCUGAAAGAUAUCCUCACACGUUGCAUGAACAUACAUCAUCUUCAGCUGGAUUAGCUCGUAUGCACAUUGGACGGGAGUGCAUCGCAGCGUGGGCUCGCGAUGAGUACUAG